CGCAGUUAGCCGGGAGAAAUCUGCAUCGCACUCAGUUCCUACGCCUCUUAAAAGAAAAUAUAGACCCAAUGCUGACCGUGAUAUGACAGUAUCACUUCUCCUCAAGCCACACUGGAUCGACUCGGUGAUGUAUCUUUAUGGGAAUAAAUCGGAUGAGAUUAAUACGAAUAACGGCGUGAUGGAAGGGUUUGUCGGUGCGGGGAAUUUCUCUGCGAACCAGUGCAGGAAUUUGAUGGCCCACCCUGCGCUCGGGGCUCAUCCGGCACCUUUGGUUCACGGUUCUGGCUACUCGACGGUCGAUAUGUCCGGCCCCGGGAUGGUGGAACCUGGCAAGCAAUGCACCCCAUGCCCGGUGCCCCAGGCCUCCACCGCCGCUCCUUUACCGUACGGAUACUUCGGCAGCGGUUACUACUCCUGUCGAAUGGGUCGGAGCCCCAUCAAACCGUGCACUCAGCCGGCCACACUCUCCGGUUACCCAGGAGACAAGUACAUGGACAGCCCCGUGCCCACCGACGAGUACCCUGGCCGGCCUAAGGAGUUCACCUUUUAUCAUGGCUAUGCCAGUCCUUACCAGCCAAUGCCAAGCUACUUGGACGUUUCCGUAGUCCAAACUAUAAGUGGCGCCGGAGAGCCGAGACAUGAAGGCUUGGUGCCUAUGGACGGCUACCAGCCCUGGGCCCUGAAUGGAUGGAAUAGUCAAAUGUACUGUCCGAAGGAACAAGCGCAGCCGGGACAUCUAUGGAAAUCCACGCUCACAGCAGAUGUCCCUGGGCACCAACAGGAUGGAAGCUCCUUUCGCCGAGGGAGGAAGAAGCGGAUUCCUUACACCAAAGUCCAACUGAAAGAACUGGAGAGGGAAUACACUACAAAUAAAUUCAUCACGAAAGAUAAGAGAAGGAAGAUCUCGGCGGCCACGAACCUGAGCGAACGGCAGAUCACGAUUUGGUUUCAAAACAGAAGGGUGAAGGAAAAGAAAGUGAUCGCAAAAGUAAAAACCAACACACCUUAAUUAAAUAUAUAUUUUUGAAAAGGAUAAAUCAGACUGAUCAAGAGGAGAAGUGUAUCAUAGUGGAUCGAGAGGAAUUGGUGGCCAGGGGUUUAAAUGAACACAUCUUUCACGGAGUUGCGUCUGCAGAAUGCUAUCUGAUUUUUUCGGUAAUGGAGGAUUUGUUAUGGAAUGACAUUAAAACGUGGACUAAAAUACAUGGUCAGAGUGUAAAUAUAAUUAUAGCAACGCUGUAACCAUACCGACAUCAAUGUUUAUUCUGAGUUUUACGCUAGUGAAGGAAUGCAACAUAUGUCUUGGUGUAGAAGCUGUUUUAUGUUUUAUUUAGAUUGCGUAUUAAAACUAUUGCUUGGUGCCUGCAGUAAAUCCGCAUUAACGCUGUUCUUAAGCAAAAACAGUCGAGGGAAAUAUUAAUAAAACAGGUUUAAUGGUU